CAGCACCUCUUCACACAAUUACAGCAGGACAAGAUGAAGUGGCUGGUGUGGGCCGGCGUCCUCCUCUGUCUGCAUGUCUGUCACCUCAGCGAGGCCAGAGUCGUCCCCGAAGGAGUGCCAUAUGAUGAGCCGGCAGGUGUUCCUUACUGGCCGUACUCCACCUCGGACUUCUGGAACUACAUCGAGUACUUCAGGAGCAUCGGAGCUUACAAGCACAUCGACGAGAUGGCUCGGGCCUUCUUCGCCCACCAGCACCUCGGAGACACCCUAGGAUACGAAAGCAAGAUGGGGCACGAUCAUGAAUGAAAUCAGGGCUGGACGGAACCUGGAAAGUAUAAAAAAAAGGGUCAACAGCAUCGGAGUUCAUUCCUUCAUUUCAUGAUGAGGCAAUGAAAACAUGAAUGAAAUGGACACAGGAUGAUAAAAUAAAAAUAUAAUUAAAAAAGGAUUAAACAAUAUGAAAGAAAUUUCUGUAAAAGAUUAAAAUUUAGUAUAACCAAAGAAUUCUAGUUCAAAGGAAGAAUGAAAUCUUUUUGUAGCACAAUUAUAGAGCGUCAUACAUUUUAGGGUCUUGAAUCCAUAUUUCCUUUAUUUUGAUCAAGAUUUUAUAAAUUGGAUGUUUGAUUGUGAAUAAACUGAAUAAA